AUGGAGAGAUCGUUCUCGCAAUUUGGGCACGCAGAUCACUUCAAUUUCGAUGCAGCGUUGGGACUGAACGAUACGCAGUCGCAAGUGGAGGAAAUUCGAGAUAUUGAAUCCUAUCUGCCGCAUUUUAAGAUUUGCUAUUUGAACCCAAGUCCUAUCGAUAUCUGCAGCCUGAGAGAAUCUUUGUCUGACGAAAACGGAAACUCCAGUGGGCUUCAUUUAGAGCUAGAAUCUCCAAUAAAAUGUGAAGAUGGUGAAUUCGAGCUUUUGAUCCACCUAGAGCUGCCAAAUCAAUAUCCGUCCCUAGAAGCGCCCCGAGUGUCCUUCAACUGCAGUGGCCUUUCUGAUAAUGUGAACACCUACCUCAACAAAUAUCUGACCAAAAAACUCGCGCGUGAAUUUAACCCAAACGGUGUCCUGUUAGAAACUGUCAUAUGGAUACAAAGCCAAGUGACGCACGAGCUACAAAACCGCAAUAAAACCCUUUCCACGAUGAAUACUAUCGCUAUUCUCCGCUAA